AUGAAUAAUAAAAGUUACAGAAGUGAAGGAGAUGAGUUUCUCAGAAAUUAUUUUUCCGACUUGAAGAUUCUGGUCGAAGGGAUAGCCGUAAUAAUUUCCCUUCUCGUCAACGGGUAUGUCCUCAUCUCAACAUGUCGAAUUUCAAGAUGGAAUCGGUCGGUUUGUUUUCGACGGCAGUCCCUCUAUACCUUGCUUUUCGUUAAUUUAACGGUCGUCAACCUCAUCAGUGCAUUUCUGAUGUGGUUCUCCAACAACGUUUUCAUCAUUUCCGGGAAGUGGCCCUGGCUUCCGCUCUCUGCAGACCAGCUUGGCUUGUGUCGCUUCAUGGCUGUCUUUGUCUACCUGAGUGUCAUAUCCAUGAUCAUCAACGUCGAAGCCACUGUUAUUAUUUUUGGAUUCUCGGUGGUGCAGUGUGUGGCAGUAAGCUGUCCACUCAAGCAAAUAUUUCUACUGACCAGGAGAAAUGUUAAAGUGUUUCUCUUCACUUGCUGGAUGGCCGUUUUCGUCGGCUGGCUAGUUAUUUCUGUGUUUUUGCUCCCAGACUCCAGGCAGACGUUCAUUCACAAUUCCGUUCAACCGACCAAACUUCACAACGCUUCAAUUGUGAGAAACAAUUCUCUUGUGCAAUGCCAAAACUGCGACAGCUGUAACAAAAUUAUAACAAUUUUUUAUAACAACGAGUCAAACAGUUUCAACUUCUCUUAUGACGACAUUUGCUCAAAAUUCGACAUGAUUGGAGAGAUUUCAUCUUACGCUUUCAACACCUGCAUUGUUGUUAUACUUAUUUUUUUCACUCUAGCAGUUCUGCUCCUGAUAACAACUUUCUUCAAAAUUAAAAAAGCGAGCCAGAAAUUAUUGGCAUUAUCAUUGAGUUCGUCGGCAAAUAAACAGAAAAACAGGAAAGCAUCGUUUUGUUGCGAAAACAGCUGCUCGGUUAAUCAUAACAGCUUCUCGAACGACACCAACAAACAACAAAAAUGUUCGGUUGAGCUUCACGAUGAUAAUAAUUUCCACAAUAACAACUACAAAUACUCAGGCAAUAAGAUUAACGGAUGUUUUCUUAAAUCAUCAACCAACAAAAACAUAAGAAGCUUGAACAUUGAGAGAUCGUUCCCUCGAGAUAGGCACGAUGGAUCUCCACGUCGUCUCUGUAUAUGCUAUCACUCUUCACUGCCAAAUUCCGUUGCACCAAAAAUUAAAUUGGACAACAAAACGCUUCACAUUAUGAAUGCAAUCGAUGACUUCAAAUGUGACAGCAACAAUUUAGACACAUCAACCAAUGAAAGCAAACGUCCAUACAAAUACAAACAUUAUUACGAAAAGAAUCACACGUUCAAAAAUAACCGCAUUGAAAACGGUGACAAUCAAAACGCUAAGGUAAAAUUUUUCAGAGUUUCAAGUUCGAAUCAUGCCAGCAACAAAUACUUCUGUUCACGCAAUCCAUGCACACGCAACGACAAGCGAGCAUUCUUUACCAUCGCUUUGCUGACCACUGUCUUGACCAUCUAUCUACUGCCAAUGAUCAUCAUCAACCUGCACUCCGACCAUAAUGACCACAGCACCUCCCUCUUCUACUUCGUUACUGUCACAGCCUACGCCAAGUUCAUCAUUGAUCCCAUCAUAUUUGGAUGCCGAAUGUCCGCCGUGCUUCACAAGCUCUCAAGAUGCUUGCACGCUCGCAAAUAUAAAUCAUGA